CACGUGCCCCACGGCUGCCAACGGUCUUGAGCUCAGCUGAGCUUCCUGAACUUGGACUCAACCAUGCCUCUGUUCUUCAUUCUCGCUGAGCUUGCCAUGUUGUUAGCCGCCCUCGAUUCGGAAGGAAUAUGGCUGCAUAUCACAGUGCCACAGAAGAUAGAGCCAUUCAAGGGCGGAGAUUCAGAAGGGAAGGUGUCUUACGUCAUUACCAUUGACGGGAAAACCUACUUUCUGCACCUCAGGAACUACUCAUUUUUAUCCCGGAAUUUUUCAGUUUAUGCAUAUAAUGAAACUGGAUCUCUGUAUUCCGACUCUCCGCACUUUUUGGCUCACUGCCAUUACCGAGGAUAUGUUGGUGAAGUACCAGAUUCCAUUGUGACACUCAGCCUCUGCUCCGGCCUCAGGGGAUUCCUGCAGUUGGAAAAUUCCACCUAUGGAAUCGAACCACUGGAGUCUUCAGCAAGAUUCGAGCACAUAGUUUAUCAAAUGAAGGGCAACAGCUCAACGUUAGCAGCAAAUUACAGCCGUAUUUGGCAGACAAGCCACCAGCUCAAUAAAGGCCACUUCCGUGAGCAGGAUAAAAACGAUUCACAGCUGCUACCUAAAAGUCUAAAAUUGCACAUUAUCGUGGGAAAAUUUUUGUUUGAUUAUAUGGGAUCUGACAUUAUGGCUGUAACACAGAAGAUCUUCCAGAUUAUUGGGCUUGUUAACACUAUGUUCACUCAGCUGAACUUAAAUGUUGUGUUGGCCUCCUUGGAACUGUGGUCAGAUAAAAAUCAAAUUUCUACUGACGGAAAUGCUAGUGAUAUUUUACAAAGACUUUUGGGCUGGAAACGAGACUAUCUUACCCCACAGUCCAACGAAAUAACACACUUACUCAUUUACAGGAAACAUCUGAAAUACAUCGGAGCUACGUCGCCGGGUCAAUUAUGCAAUGAAAGCUAUGUCGCGGGGGUUGGUACGUAUCCAGAAGACAUAGGUUUGGAGGGACUCUCCGUGGUUAUCGCUCAACUGAUUGGCCUUCACAUAGGAUUAACAUACGAUGAUGUUGAUAAUUGUUCCUGCCCCAGAGCUCCAUGCAUAAUGCAACCAGAAGCAUUGAGUUCCAGUGGGAUGAAGACUUUUAGCAACUGCAGCGUGCACGACUACACGCAUUAUGCUUCAAAGCUUGACAUGCAAUGUCUUGGUGACCUGUCAAAUGUAUUACAACCAAAGCAAUCCGUGUGUGGCGAUGGAAUCCUGGAAGGCAGUGAGGAAUGUGACUGUGGUAACAAGACGGAAUGUCAAUUUAAAGAGUGCUGCAACCACGAAACAUGCAAACUGAAAGGCUCAGCACAGUGUGGAUCUGGAACGUGCUGCACACCCAAGUGUGAGCUGUCAGCAGCAGGUACUCCCUGUAGGAAGGCUGUUGACCCAGAGUGUGAUUUCACAGAAUAUUGCGACGGAUCCUCUAGCCACUGUGUCCCUGACACCUUUGCGUUGGAUGGUCAUUUGUGCAGGUUGGGAUCGGCAUAUUGCUACAAUGGACGAUGCCAAGCUCUUAACGACCAGUGCGUCAGUUUGUUUGGAAAAGGUUCUCAAGGCGCUUCCUACGCCUGUUUUGAAAAAGUUAAUUCGCAACGUGAAAAUCUGGCAAACUGUGACUCUAAAAAUUCAUACUCGUUACCUUGUGGACAGAAGGAUGUUCUGUGUGGAAAAUUAGCUUGUUUUCGGCCAAACAAGAAUUAUAAAAGCUCUACUCAAUCUGUCCUGUAUUCCUAUGUCCAUGGCAGCGUGUGUCUGUCCAUACCUCUUGGGUUGUCUAUGAGAUCAGAUGGCAAAGAUAACGCAUACGUGGCUGAUGGCACUGUGUGUGGACCACAAAUGUACUGUAUAAACGGAAGCUGCAAAGAAGUUAAUUUCACGGGAAAUGACUGCAACGCCGCUAAGAAGUGCAAAGGGAAUGGGAUAUGUAAUAACUUUGGUCAUUGCCAAUGCUUCCCUGACUACAGGCCUCCAGAUUGUAACUUACAGAUUGGAUCACCAGGGGGCAGCAUUGACGAUGGAAACCUUCUCCGAACUGAUUCGGCUUUGGCUACAAAGCGUCUGAGUCAACACACGGACAGCUGGGUGAUCCUGGGCUUCUUCAUCUUCCUGCCUUUCAUCAUGACUCUCCUCCUUGGGAUCAUAAAGAGAAACGAAAGGAAAAUUGUGCCCCAGAGAGAACAAGAAAGAUGAGGGCAACUCCCUGCCCCGGAAAUCUGCUGAAGAGGUUAGCAGUGGAUGGACCAAAGGAGGAAGUGCGUGCUCUAAUCUCUCUGUUACCCUGGAAACGCUUUAGGUCUCAGACUUUUGGAAAAUAAAACUGACAAAUGCAC